GCAAGUUCAUUAUAAUAUAGUCGUUAGUGAACUAUUUCAGACUUGUGAGCUAUUAAGUUCCCAACUGAGAACCAUGUUAUAUUUUAACGACAGAAACUCGCGGAUCGCCGAAAUGACAAUCGAAAUCGCCCAGUCGUCAAAACAGCUAAAAGAAAAAAGAGAAAAAAUCUGCGAUGAUUUAGAAUUGGCGAUUAAAAACCGCAUGAUACGCAAGUGGUCCAUAUUAAAAACUUCAACCGAUAAGCAAUCACUAGAGUCGUUUCUGAGUGAAUUAACCGGCAUGAAAUCAGCGAUGAUCUUGAGGCAUCAACAGGUGAUUGGCGUUCUGGAAAAAGUGCAGCGACGCGUUCACUCGUCCAAAAUGGCGUGCAGCGGCGUCACGGACUGCAACGACGGUUUCGAUGUUUCCGCGAUCGGGUCGCAGCGGUACAACUAUUUGCUCCAGGACGACGAAGCCGACGUCGCCGCCACCUCAAAGGUCAUAAUCGAUGCAGACUGCUGGGACAUGAUGGACGAAAGCAGCUCUCGCGGGACAUUUCAUCAAGACGCGAUAAGUGUUAUUAUUGUAUAG